UCCAUGGUUCUCUCUGCAAGUAAUGGCUGCCAAAUAUUUGACCGAUAACUUUUUUACAUCUUAUUUUUUAAAACCUAUGACUGGGUAUAUCACCUAUCAUGAGCAAGAUGUUCAAGGUCCAAACUUGGGAGGAUCAGUAGGUGAAGUGGUUAUCUCGUUUCUCCGUUGUACAACUAAAACUGACUUGUUAGGCUAGAAGUACAUCUUGUCGGAAAAAUAGCCAUCUCUUAUUUGUUUUGAUUGUUCAGAGAGUGAAGGUCUAUCGUCUAAACGAAGAUGGUAAAUGGGAUGACCGAGGAACUGGACACGUCACUAUCGACUAUAUGGAGCGAACAGAAGAAUUGGGUUUAUAUGUGAUUGAUGAAGAAGACAAUGAAACACUAAUUGUGCACCACAUCAGCCCUGAGGACAUCUACAGGAAGCAAGAAGACACAAUUAUCUCAUGGAGAGACCCAGAGCGCUCAACAGAUAUGGCAUUGAGCUUUCAAGAGACGGCCGGAUGCUCUUAUAUUUGGGACCAAAUCUGUACUAUACAACGAAAUAUGCAUUUCAACUCUCUUAACAGCGAAACAUUUCACAGCCUGAACAGUGAGUUGAGAGAGCUUCCUGCAGUGGAGCUUCCUACUCUUCCUCUAAUACUCAAGAUUGUGACUGAGAGUGGCAUUGCAGAUCAAAUGCGGCUAACUGAGCUAAUUUUGAAGGAUGAUGGUUUCUUCCGGAGACUGAUGAAUGUAUUCAAAAUAUGUGAGGACUUGGAAAAUGUUGAUGGCCUUCACAUGAUAUUCAAUAUAGUCAGAGGAAUCAUUUUGCUCAAUAGUUCUCAGAUCUUUGAGAAAAUCUUUGGGGAUGAACUAAUAAUGGAAAUUAUUGGGUGUCUUGAGUAUGAUCCUGAUGUUUCUCAGUCGCAACAUCACCGGAAUUUUCUGAAAGAGCACGUUGUUUUUAAGGAGGCUAUACUGAUUAAAGAUCCUCUAGUCCUUUCAAAGAUACACCAGACAUACAGAAUUGGUUAUUUGAAGGAUGUUGUUUUGGCUAGAGUACUAGAUGAUGCUACAGUUGCAAACUUGAAUUCAAUAAUCCACGCAAACAAUGCUAUUGUUGUUUCUUUGCUGAAGGAUGACAGCACCUUUAUCCAAGAAUUGUUUGCAAGGUUGAAGUCACCUUCUACAUCUGCAGAAUCCAAGAAAAAUUUGGUGUACUUCUUGCUUGAGUUUUGUAGUUUAAGCAAGAGCCUCCAGGUGGUGCAGCAGCUGCGACUUUUUAGGGAUCUCAUUAAUGAAGGGAUUUUUGACAUCGUAGUGGAUGUCUUGCAGAGUCCAGACAAGAAACUUGUAUUAACCGGGACAGACAUCCUCAUUCUUUUCAUGAAUCAGGAUUCCAACCUUUUACGUACUUACAUUGUUCGGCCAGAAGGAACUCCUCUCCUUGGUCUCCUGGUGAAGGGAUUGAUGGAAGAUUUUGGUGAUAAGAUGCAUUGCCAGUUUCUAGAAAUUAUACGAAGCUUACUGGAUUCAAAUGCAUUGUCUAGUGGAGCUCAGAGAGCGAAUAUCAUGGAUAUUUUCUAUGAGAAGCAUCUACCUGAGUUAGUUGAUGUUAUAACUGCCUCAUGUCCUGAGAGGCCUGACAGUAAAUCUGAAGGUGCGGCCAGAAAAAUUGGAAGUCAUCAUAGUGCGAGGCCUGAAGUCUUGUCAAACAUUUGUGACUUGCUGUGCUUCUGCGUUCUUCAAGAUUCAUCGAGGACAAAGUGCAAUUUUCUUCAUAAUAAUGUGACAGAAAAGGUUUUGCAUCUCACACGAAGAAAGGAAAAAUACCUAGUGGUUGCUGCUGUUCGCUUUGUCCGAACUCUUCUUGCUGUGCUUGAUGAGUACGUGCAAAAUUAUAUUGUUAAGAGCAAUCUGCUGAAACCGAUUAUUGAUGUAUUUGUUGCCAAUGGCAACCGAUACAAUCUGCUUAACUCCGCUGUGCUGGAGCUUCUUGAGCACAUACGCAAGGGUAAUGCAACAGUGUUGCUCAAAUAUGUAGUUGAUACCUUCUGGGAACAAUUGGCUCCCUUUGAGCACUUGACCUCCAUCCAGGCUUUCAAGGUGAAAUAUGAGCAGUGCUUAGAGAGUGCUGGACCGAAGGGCAAUGCUGAUUCGAUUGAACCUAGAAGAAGAAUUGAUGAGCGUGCUUUGGAUAAAGAGGAGGAAGACUAUUUCAACGGGGACAGCGACGAAGAAGAUACAGCAUCUGCUUCUAACACACAAAAAGAACAACCAAAGCCCCAUAUCUCCAAUGGAGUGGCCUCGAGCUAUGCAUCUUCAAGCCCGAGGUCUGGUGGACUGGUAGACUAUGAUGACGAUGACGAUGAAAACUAUAAACCACCUCCCCGGAAACAACCGGAAGCUUCUGAAGAGGAAGAAGAAGUUGAGUUCCUUAGGCUAAAACGCAAAUCCUUGUCUGGAGAAAGAGAGCAGGAGCCAUCGAAAAAACAGCGGUUGGUUAAAAGUUGCAAAAAGGAAAGCGUAUUUGCUGCCCUCUGUUCGACGCUUAGCCAGGCAGUGCUUCCGGGUAAGAAAACUGCAGGCACCACCACCGCAUCUGCAGCAACCCGCUCAACCGAAGCAAACAAAACCUCGCCAGAAGAACAACAACAAGAAGAAACUAAUGAACCUGAGAACACCAGAAAUUGCAACAGCAGAGGCAGUUCAGAUGACGAGAACCGUAAGGACGAAGAGGAAUCCACUUCCCGGAGCUUAGAUGAUACUGACAGCAAGCACGAAACAUCAGACAACCGAAAGCUAACCGGUGGGGAUGAUGAAUCUCGAUUAGUGCCACAGAAAUCAUCACCAGAAAUGGCUGUGAAUGGAUCCUGAGCUUUUAACAACAGGUUGGAAGAAUAGAUUGGAUCCAGAAAUGGCUUUGGCGCUCUGGCUGGCUGUGUUCUUGCACUUUUGCAGGCUGUGACAGAAGCCAGUUUAAUGGCGGCUGAGCUGAGCUGAACUGAACUGAACUGUGAGACAAAAAGGCAGAAAAAAGAAAAGAAAGGGAGUGUGUAUGUGGUGUUGCUUUAUGAUAGUAAUGGAAGUUGAAGAAGAAACUGUAUAGAGACCCGACGGAUGGAUGGUGACCAGAGGUAAUGUUCUUGUUCAUAUAGUGUUUUCCAGCCCCUUUCUCUCCCUCUCUCUCUCUAUAUAUACACACACACACACACACACACACACUUGCAAGUGGCAUUUGUAAAAACACAAUCUAUUAGCAUCAGUAACUUCAUUCAUUCGAAUCCGGAUGAACUGUGUGUGGGGUUCAGAUCUUUGUGUUUUGAUGAUAGAUAGUCUCCACUGUAAUGGGGUUUCUGUUUUUUGGUUAAUUUAGUUGGAAUAUAGAGUUGUGAGGAGGAUGACGAUGGAUUGGUUAUAGAGGAAGCGCCAAAAAUGCAAACUUCGUAUUUAUUUUUCAUAUAACCUUUUUUUUUCUCUCUCAAGACUCCUGGAAUUGUUGCACUUAUGGAUGUCGUUAUUACUAGUAAUUAUUGUUUGAUUUUAAAUUUAAAAAAAUAAGGGUGGGUUAUUUCUUACAGGAGUCGGUCGCAUGUGUGUUCUUCAAAAGUGCACACUUCUUGUUUUUUUUUUGUUGGUUGGAUUGAAUCUUUGUCUUCGUUUGCUUGUAACUACUAGUUGUUUGGUAUAUCGCACAUUUUGUGUAAGAGUUACAAUCUAACAGUUUAUACAAAACUGUGUAAUAUUAUUUUAA